CAAAUGAGCACCGUUUACUUUCACUGGAAAAUUUACUUCCAACAAAAUUCCCCUUUUUUUAUUUAUCGAUAAUUUCCCAAAUUUCCGAUUGCCGAUCGACGGCAAAUCUCGAACUAUUCUCCGGCGAUUCAGUCGGGGGACUUAGAAUCCGCUGAGGGUUUGUGGUUUUUUUGCUCGGAUUCGACCGGUUUUGGUCCGCUCGGGCUUGAGGAGGAAGAACUUGCAGAGAUCUGCUCAUGGCCUUGUUUCCAUUUCUGGGCAAAUCUGACUUGAGAAAUGAGCAAAUCUGGCGUAGGGUUUUCAUUUCAAAUCCACAGAGCAGGUUUCAUCGUGGUUCCUUGUGAAAAGUUUGAUUGUGGAUUCAUCUGAUUCUUCAUGGAUCCAUACAAAGAGGAGGCUUUCCGAGCGAAACAGAUCGCCGAGAGGAAAUUUGUAGAAAAAGACUUUACUGGUGCAAGGAGUUAUGCAUUGAAGGCUAGGUCGCUGUUUCCUAACUUGGAGGGUAUAUCACAAAUGGUUGCGACUUUCGAAGUUUAUACUGCUUCUCAGAGUAGACGUAAUGGAGAAAUUGACUAUUAUGCAAUUCUUGGACUGAAACCCACAGCUGGGAAAAGGGAAGUGAAGAAACAAUACAAGAAGAUGGCCAUAUUGCUUCAUCCAGAUAAGAACAAAUGUAUCGGAGCUGAUGGGGCAUUCCAACUCGUAUCUGAAGCGUGGAACUCCUUGUCUGACGAGUUCAAGAAAAGCACUUUUUAUUACAAAAGGAAAAAACAUAUUGACUCCAUGGCCGUUCAGAAGAACAGCUCAGAGUAUGUGCCUGGAGUUACCGGAUUCGAUUAUUGCCCACCAGCUUCAGAAAGGCUUGAUACUUUCUGGACUGUGUGCACCUCUUGCAAAGUACAGUACGAGUAUCUGCGGAAGUAUGUGAAUAAGAGGCUUUCAUGUAAGAACUGUCGGGAAGCCUUUAUUGCGGUGGAAACUGGACCUGCUCCUGUUAGUGCCUCGUUUCAUUAUGCAGCAGCAUCUCAUACACCAAGUAACGGCUAUGGCAGUUAUGGUUAUGAUGGUGUCACAUGCAUGCCUGCCAGUUCCACAUAUUUCGUGGGUCACCAUCCUGGACCUAGAUAUGAUUAUGUUACGAAUGGAUCCUACGAAUGGAAUUCGUUCCCUGAAACCUCCCCAAGCAAUAUGGAUUCUAAUGGUGUGCCCUCGGUUUCUGCUGGAUAUGGCUAUAAGCUCAGUUAUGGAGUUGUCUCUAGAGGAAGAAAAAAGGUCAAAGACAGUUCUAAUGGGACCUGUUCGAUGAAAAGCAUGGCUACUGCUCUGAUACAUUCAAAUCCACCUGAUGGGUUUACUGAUGCUGCUGCAAUUAAGGUCAGCAAACUUGAAAAGAAGAGGAAGUUUGUUUCGGGAUUCUCUGGUAACGGACACGAUGAAAACAAUUCAAAAUCUGCUCCAGAGUUAAGAACAACAAAUACAGAUACGAACAUGGAUCAAGAUUUCAAACUUCCCGGCCAAAGUUAUUUUUCAACUAGGCGAUGCCCUGCUGCACCGGCCUUAGACACCCGUAAGCUAUUGAUUAACAAAGCUAGGGCAGAUGUUCGGCAGAAACUAGAGAUUAUGAGAUUGGCUUCAGAGACGGCAAGUAAAGAAAACAGGACUCCACUCGGUGAAAAUGAUGUUCGGUCAUCCAAAGUUGGAAAUCCUGUUUCCCCGGGUCAACAAUUGGUACAGGAAACAAAAGGGCCAGUAUCAAUAACUGUUCCAGACCCCGACUUCCACGAUUUUGAUAAAAACAGGUCAGAGGAAUGCUUCAAGCCAAGGCAAAUAUGGGCAAUUUAUGAUGAGGAUGACGGUAUGCCACGCUUGUACUGUGUGGUUCGGGAGGUACUCUCAGUUCAGCCGUUUAAGAUUGACAUAGCCUACUUGAGCUCCAAAACCGACGCGGAGUUUGGAUCAACGAAAUGGGUUCAUUACGGAUUUACAAAGUCUUGUGGGCAUUUCAGAAUCCGAAACACUGACAUAGUUGAGCAAGUGAACAUCUUUUCCCAUCUCUUGAAAGGCAAGAAGACAGGGAGAGGUGGUUGUGUAAGAAUAUUCCCCAAGACCGGAGAGAUUUGGGCUGUGUACAGAAACUGGUCACCAGACUGGAACAAGUCAACCCUUGAUGAGGUGAGGCACCAAUAUGAAAUGGUUGAGAUUCUUGAUGAUUACUCUGAAGAGUUUGGAGUUCGUGUAAUUCCACUGGUUAAGCUAGAGGGUUUCAAGACCGUGUACCGAAGAACCACAAGAGAGGACCGUAAGAGAUGGAUACCGAGGAAGGAGAUGUUACGAUUUUCGCAUCAAAUACCAUCCUGGUUUCUCAGACAAGAGACUAGCGGGUUGCCCGGAAACUGUUGGGACUUGGACCCGGCUGCCAUCCCCGAGGAGUUGCUUCACACGGGGGCGGGAACCGAUUAAACUGCACUUCUUGCGACAGAGAUAAGAGAUUCAGAUUUGAGGCAUAGAUAAGAUUGGUGAAAACCCUGUAAGAGUCGAUCCAUGUAAAGGGUUCUCUUCUUAACUUCGGACAAGUAUUCACCAAAAGAUUUCAGGAUUCUGUAAGCAUAAGCCUCUGUUGUUUCUUUCAUUGGAGCUUUUUUACAUUACUUAUGUUCCUCAUAGUGACUUUGCUCUGCUUUUCUCCCUCUCUCUUCAACUCUUUUGUUCCUACUUGUUCUUGUUCUUGUUAACCCUAGUGAUUAACAAGUUUUACUGAUUUACAAAUGUAGCAUUACCAAGUUAUCAUUUCAAGCUUUAACUCCUUUUUAAUA